GGGGGCGGGGGAGACUAUUCCAUCUGCAACAUGCCGGACGUCGAGGAGAAAAUGCCCCUGAAGGACCCAGGCGACGCACAGUGCCGGUCCUGCAAGCCCGAGACCUCAGCACCGACCCGGGAAGACCGGAGAGGCCCCGAGGACCACCCCGUUCUUUCUGUCACAGGUUUGAUAGGUACAGUUGAUGAUGUUUCUAAGCCGAGCAACAAGAUUGGAAUGAAUCAUGAUUUCCACGUGGAAGAAAAGGUUUCCUCUCCAAGCAGUUUGGAAGGCAAGGUCAAGGAGACAAUGCACAAUGCCUUUUGGGACCAUCUUAAAGAGCAGUUGUCAGCUACUCCCCCAGACUUCAGUUGUGCUCUUGAACUUCUGAAAGAAAUUAAAGAGAUCCUGUUGUCACUGCUGUUACCGCGCCAGAGCCGCCUGCGAGGAGAGAUCGAAGAAGCACUGGACACAGAGCUCCUCAAGCGGAAAGCAGAACACGGGGCCUUGAACGUCUCUCUUCUCUCUAAGUACAUUCUCGACAUGAUGACUCUGCUGUGUGCUCCCGUUCGAGAUGAAGCAGUGCAGAAUCUGGAGAACAUCACCGACCCUGUUCGGUUACUGAGAGGGAUCUUCCAGGUUCUGGGCCUGAUGAAAAUGGACAUGGUGAACUAUACUAUCCAGAGCCUUCAACCCCACCUGCAGGAACAUUCUAUCCAGCAUGAACGGGCGACAUUCCAGGAACUCCUCAAUAAGCAGCCAAGCCUCCUUGACCACACCACCAAGUGGCUGACCCAAGCAGCUGUAGACCUCACCACGCCACUUCCGAUUUGCCUGGACAUUUCCGACUCCACCACCAUGGCCUGCUCCUCUCCGAAUGAGACAGUCAGCAGCCCUGAGCCCCUCAGCCCCACAAUGGUGCUGUCCCAGGGUUUCCUGAACCUCCUCCUCUGGGAUCCUGAGAAUGAAGAGUUCCCUGAGACGUUGCUGAUGGACAGGACCCGGCUUCGGGAGCUGGAGUCCCAGUUGCACCGGCUGACCCUUCUGGCCUCAGUCUUGCUGGUGGCCAGUAGUUUCUCUGGCAGUGUUCUGUUUGGCUCACCUCAGUUUGUGGAUAAGCUGAAACGUAUAACCAAAGACCUGAUAGAGGAGUUUGACUCCAGGCCUGAAGAGGCUAUGCAGACUGUGAGUGAACAGGUGUCUCAGGAAAUCCAUCAAAGCCUCAGGAACAUGGGGCUUGCUGCUCUGAGCAGUGACAACACAGCUUCACUGAUUGGACAGCUCCAGAACAUUGCCAAGAAGGAGGACUGUGUCCGCAGCGUCAUUGAUCAGCGGAUCCAUUUGUUUCUCAAAUGCUGUUUGGUCCUUGGUGUGCAGCGGUCCCUGUUAGACCUCCCCGGAGGCCUUACUGUCAUUGAAGCAGAACUGGCAGAACUGGGCCAAAAGUUUGUCAGCCUAACGCAUCACAAUCAGAAGGUGUUUGGCCCCUACUACACGGAGAUCCUAAAAACCCUCAUCCCUCCAGCCCAGGCCCUGGAAACCAAGGUGGAGUCUCUGUGACUGCACGGACUCCAAGCCCCGGCCCCUCGGACCCAGGCGAGCGCUCGGCAUGCUCCUGGGGUGAUCUCACCAGCGACCAUCAGAGCAGGAAGCCCUCUUCCCCUCUCGAGGGCAGUCCACCAGGGCUGAAGUGAGCAGCAUGUCAGCAGCAACUGGCCCAAACUCAUUCACCAAUAAACUUAUGGACUGCAAGCUGUCCUC